AAAGUCUUCUAACUUACUCAUCUUCUUACUGAAACUUGGAAAGUAAUGGCAAGACUCGCAAGUUUUCUCCUUCUUUCUCUCCUUUGCUUUUUCCCUCUCUGCCUCUGCGACAAGAGCUAUGGAGGAAAACUCUUCCCGGGUUAUUACUCCCAUUCAUGUCCACAAGCCAGUGAGAUCGUGAGAUCAGUUGUGGCUAAAGCUGUUGCUAGAGAGACCCGUAUGGCUGCUUCCUUGCUGAGACUUCAUUUCCACGACUGUUUCGUUCAGGGUUGUGAUGGCUCUUUGCUUUUAGACAGCGGUGGGAGGAUAGUGAGUGAGAAAAACUCAAACCCUAACAGCAAAUCAGCUCGUGGUUUCGACGUAGUUGACCAAAUCAAAGCUGAACUGGAGAGACAAUGCCCUGGAAUUGUUUCUUGCGCUGAUGUUCUUACCUUAGCCGCUAGAGACUCCUCUGUUCUUACUGGUGGACCAAGCUGGGUGGUUCCAUUGGGAAGAAGAGAUUCGCGAAGUGCAAGCUUGAGUGGUUCUAACAACAACAUCCCUGCACCAAACAACACUUUCAGUACCAUUCUAUCGAAGUUUAACCGUCAAGGACUCGACGUUACUGACCUUGUUGCUCUCUCCGGUAGUCACACCAUCGGAUUCUCGAGAUGCACGAGCUUCAGACAGAGGUUGUACAACCAGUCCGGAAACGGUCGUCCAGACAUGACAUUGGAACAAUCUUUCGCUGCUAACUUACGCCAAAGGUGUCCAAGAUCCGGCGGGGACCAAAUUCUUUCGGUGUUGGACAUUGUCAGCGCAGCGAGAUUUGACAACAGCUAUUUCAAGAACUUGAUAGAGAACAAGGGUUUGUUGAAUUCAGACCAGGUUUUGUUCAGCAGUAACGAGAAAUCAAGAGAGCUUGUAAAGAAGUAUGCAGAGGAUCAAGGAGAGUUUUUUGAGCAAUUUGCAGAAUCGAUGAUCAAGAUGGGAAAUAUCUCUCCUCUAACGGGUUCCAGUGGUGAAAUCAGGAAAAAUUGCAGGAAGAUUAACUCUUGAGCUCCUGUUAUAAGAGGAAACAAAUAGAUACAAAAAUAUAUUCGGAAGAACUGUGUGACACUUGCUUUUUUACUUUUGGGUUGUCUUUUUUUUUUUGGGUUCUGUCAUUUCAAGUUUUUAUGUUGUUGUGUUGUUUUGCUUUGUAUUAAGAGAUAAGUUUGAGAUUUGAAUUUAUCAAACCAAUUAAACUUUUCA